UGUUUGUUUUGCUUAAUUGCCCGGCAAUUUCGUCACUCUCCGUGGUAUCUUUCCAACAGGCUUAAUCGACUCUUCUGCCUUUUCUGCGAUUGUCUUAUCGGAUAUCCGGUUUUACAGCGUGCAGACAAACGAUCACUCUGCUGAAAAGUUGUGAAAUUCAUUCCCAGUUGGUGCAUCCGUAAAGUCGGUUGCAGUUUGCAGGAGAAACAUGCCAGUAGAUUACGGUACGGUUGCGAAGAUAGGGGCUGCAGUCGUGUUGCCGCAGCUCGGCGGAUUCGUGAAUGGUUAUUUAACGCGCCGGGAAAUCGAGCGUUGGUACAGCAAGCUCAACUUCCCUUCCUUCCGUCCUCCGAACUGGGUAUUCGGUCCGGUGUGGACAACGCUCUACGCCAGCAUGGGAUACGCAUCGUAUGUAGUGUGGAAAACGGGCGGCGGAUUCUCGGGACCAGCCCGUGUCCCACUGAUACUUUACGGUACCCAGCUGGCCCUGAACUGGGCUUGGUCGCCGAUCUUCUUCAGCUGCCAUGAGCUGAAAUGGAGCGUUGUUGAAAUUGUGGCCUUGACUUCGUCCGUUGCCGCAACAGGUGUGGCAUUCUAUGGCAUUGACCGCCUUGCCGGGUUUCUAUUCGUUCCAUACUUUGCCUGGUGUGCCUUCGCUACCGCCCUGAACUACAGCAUUUACAAGCUCAAUACACCCUCCAAGGGUGCGACGAUCACAGAGAUCACCGAUUCGGAGAAGAAGAAUUAAAUGUGCUUCCGUGCACCUAUCGUUUGUGGUGCAAUAAAAAGAGAACGGAUACGGGUCAAGACAAUCACGGGAUUCCAUUCGGCGUCUGGGGCGUCUUCUACAUCAGUUUAUAUUCCAAAUGUUUAAUUAAACCCUCCGGUUUUUUUUU